AGUUAUGCAAUUGAAACAGACCAACACUGCAAGUAGCACAGACCCUCCCAAACGAAACACAUAAAAACAAAUCUCUUUUGAAACUUCACCUAAUUGUGGUUCACAUCCAAUCUCCUUCUCCACAUACUUUCUGACACAUUUCCAAAAGUGGUAACGUUAAUCAUAUCAUUGCUAUAAACCAAACUCUUCUCCAUUAUUUGAAUACAUGUUUUCCUUCCCCUCACAAAGCUAACUACUUAUAUUUUAUAUAAACUCUAUCAUUGCUAAGCUUUUCUCAAUUGUCAUGCACACAUGAUUGAGCAAAUCUUAGUUUGCUAGAAAAACUAGGUUGAGUAAUUGAGUGUGGAUCUGAGAGGAUUGAUGCUUGCGGUGUCACCAUUGAGGAGCAUCAACAAAGAUGAGAACCAAGAAGGGAUGGAGAGUUUUUCCAUGGGGAGGAAUACUUCAAUUACAACCGGCGAAUUCGGCGACGGAAAUAUAUUGGAAACCAUUAACUUCGACGACGACUUCUUUGUUGGCAUCAACAUGGACGGAGAUAUCUUGCCGGAUUUGGAUAUGGAUUCGGAGAUUUUCGCUGAGUUCUCCGAAUCAGAGAUAAACUCAUCCGCCAUCAAGAAAGCGGAUGAAAAUAAUCAUUCAAAGGAAGAAGAAGAUAAAGUGGGUUCGGAAGAGAUAUUGAGCAAAAGAGAUGAAUCUGUUGUUGUGAAUCCAUUGCCGAAAAAUGGUGGAAAAGGAAGAAAAUCAUCGAGUCAAUCUAAGAAUCCUCAAGGGAAGAAAAAAGUCAAGGUGGAUUGGACACCAGAAUUGCAUAGGAGAUUUGUGCAAGCAGUGGAACAACUAGGAUUGGAUAAAGCAGUCCCUUCAAGGAUUUUGGAGAUUAUGGGAAUUGAUUGUCUCACUCGCCAUAACAUUGCCAGCCACCUUCAGAAAUAUAGGUCCCAUAGAAAACAUGUGUUAGCGCGUGAAGCAGAAGCAGCAAACUGGAAUCAAAGAAGACAUGUGUAUGGUGGUGUAGUAGGAGGGAAGAGAGAAGUGAUCAGUUCAUGGCCAACUCCUGCAGCAGCACCUGCCAUGGGUUUUCCUCCUCCUCCUCCUCCUUCCAUGAUUCCAUUGCACCAUGUUAGACCCUUACAUGUAUGGGGACAUCCUUCAAUGGAUCUAUCAUUUAUGCACAUGUGGCCGCAGCCGCAGCCACCACCGCAACCGCUCUCGUGGCCACCGACAUCACCUCAAGACCCUUCAUUUUGGCAUUCUCAACACCAACAGAGAUCUUUUGGAUGUCAACUCCCCAGCAUCCCACCGCAUAGUAUGUACAACGCAGAUCACAGCAUUGCCGCGGCCGGUCCUGCUUCUGGUCCCGGUCACUUAUUCGACUUCCAUCCGUCAAAUGAGAGCAUAGAUGCAGCUAUUGGAGACGUUUUAUCAAAACCAUGGUUGCCGCUACCACUUGGACUUAAAGCUCCAGCACAUGACAGCGUAAUGAGUGAAUUAAAAAGACAAGGAAUUUCAAACAUUCCACCCUCAUGAGCUUGAAACAAAAUAAUUUAUCCCUAAUGGGAGCUAGGUUCCAAUAAACCCUAAUUAAUUCGACGACUUUAUAUCCAUUAGAUGUUGCAUAUUUGUUGCAUCUAAUUUCAAUGUGAGAGAUCCAUAUUGUAAUUUCUAGCUUUCUUUUAGCAGCAAGGAAAUAAAGGAAAGAAAAAAUGGAAUUGCCAUGUGCUAAUGCAUGAUAGAUCAUUAGCCAUUUCGUAUAUGUAUGCUUAAUAGUGUAAAACUAAAUAAUAAGGUGGGGACUCUCAAUAAAGUACGGAAUAAAGUACGGAAUUUUUGAAA